AUGCGUACCUCAAUUUUCCUCGCUACGGCCCUUGCUACUCUCGGUACCCAAGCCGAUGACACCAGCAGCGCCAUCAUUGGCUACUUCUCUCCUUCUUGGGAUGCAGGCUUUCUCCAGUACGGGGGUUGGACAAGCACUGCCGCCAGCCUUGUUACCUAUAACACCAAAGCCGCCACAUACCAUGUCGGCUGUGUGAAAGACGCUCCUAAGACAGAUUGCGACUAUCCCGCUUCGUGGACGAUCAUCCAAGGCCCUGAGACAGUCAGCGUCACCGGAGAAUAUAUAGCAACCACCUCGGGCAAGUCAACCAGCUAUGAUCUCACUCUCACCCAAUCCUACGAGUGCUCUCUGAAAGCUUCAACGGAGUCUGCCAGCUGUACCAUGAGUUUGGGUGUGAACGGAUCCUUUAAUGGAGGGAAAUAUGCGUCUUCCACCUCCAGCAAGGCGACCUACACCACAGCGCCGAUGUCUGAGUCAUACUACCAGUUGACGGUAACCGCCGGAUUGGAUUCGGUUAUCCUGACCGGGCCAACCCAGACAACUACGAGAACUUCUUCGACCACAUCUUCGACCACAUCUGUCGAGACAACUCAGUCAACCGGCGGUGCUGCUGGACCUGUCGGUGCUUUAAUAACAGCUGCUCCCAUGGUUGCUGCUGCAAUGGCUGCCCUGCUGUGA